AUGCUUAACCACACUCCUCCCCGCACACAGUACAACUUCUCAAUGGCAAGCCCCCAGAGCCUUUUUUCUGCCCGCCAUCUCGUCGAAGAAAGACAUCGCGCUUCAGUGCUCGGUGCCGCGUUCGGCCAGGACUUCGCUAUCGAAUAUGCUCUCGACCACGCGCUCAAUGCUUGGACAGCGGAGAGCAAGGCGUCUUCCAAUAUCUGGGCGAGCUUCGCCGACUUCAUUCAAGCUUCAUACGACGACCUCACUGAACCGGACCGCAGACCUCGUCUUUUGCCGCCCAAUUCCGUGCCCUUCUUUGCGUGGAACACUUUCGUAUUCGAAGCCUAUACAUUUAUGGCGCCACGUAGUGCUACUUGGUGGUACAUACUCGAUAUGACCACGCCUCGUCCAGCCAACAUAAUCCCGUCAUCUCUCUUCAUCCCAUACGCAAAUGCCGCACCUGUUCGCAGCGAAAACGCUCUCCAGGGAUUCAAACGUACACCCCUUUGGUUCAUCUGUCAAGACGGUGGUCUGGGCGUGCCUGUGGAGGGGAGGCGCCCCAUGCUCUGGCAUGGCAGUAAGGACUUCCGGCGCUUCGACGGGAGUUGGCGUAUGACGGUCAAGCUUAAGUUCAGUUGGCCCGGGUAUGAUGGCAAUUGGGAAAAGCAGAUCCGACUGGAGAGCGAGAAUGGAGAUCGCUCGAUUGAUCGACUGGCGGGCCUUGUAGCGAACAAAGUUCGUGACUUCAUCUACGCCCAUGACCCAGACGUGAAUCACUCUUUCGGCACUCAUGCGCGAUGGAGGAUCGGUAGACGGCCCGGACAGAUCUCCGCUCCGGAUGUUCUUCUUCUCGGCAUAUUCCUUGUGUCAGAUGGUUCAGCCAUGCCCAUCUUACAAGUACGCGAGGAUUUUGGUGAGGCCGGGCUCCUAUGA